AUGCAUGUAGUGACUUGCAUGCUAUUUUAUCUGGUGGCAGCAAUCACCGUAGAUGGUUCAACAAUAAUCGAUUCACCCUAUCCCUGGAUGACGCUGCCACCAACGCCUAAACUUCCUCAACCUCGAACUGGUCAAUAUGCAAACAUCAAUAAUAUUCAGAUAUGGUAUAACAUUUAUGGACCACGACGUGGUACUCCUGUUCUUUUCCUUCAUGGUGGAUUCGCCAACAGUGAUUAUUGGGGACUUCAAAUUCGACGACUGAAAUCGUCUUACAAAUGUAUUGUAAUGGAUUCUCGAGGGCAAGGAAGAAGUACAUCAUCAUCUAGCAGUAUUACUUAUGAUUUGAUGAUGACUGAUGUCAUCGGUCUAUUGAACUAUCUUGGGAUUAGUCGAGUUCACAUAGUUGGUUGGAGUGAUGGUGCAAUUAUUGGUCUCAAUCUGGCAAUGAACUAUCCUAAUCGAGUGAUUUCAUUAUUUGUAUUUGCAGCAAAUUAUAUUACAUCGGGUGUGAAAGAUAUUUCUUCAUCGACUGUUUUCAAUGCUUAUCUGGAACGUACUCGAAUCGAAUAUGAACAACUGAAUCCUGUGAAAGAUUAUCAGAAUUUAUAUAAUAAUUUAACAACAAUGUGGACUACUCUUCCGAAUUGGAGUCAAACUGAUUUUGGAAAGAUUCCAUCGAAUAUAUUCGUAUGGAUUGUAGAUGGUGAUCAUGAAGAAGCUAUCUAUAGAGAUCAACCUGAUACGAUGACUCUUUGGAUACCUCAAGCAGGAGAACUUAUUCUACCAAGAACAAGUCAUUUUGCUUUCCUGCAGGAUCCUGAAACUUUUACAGUGGCUUUAGCACGAUUCAUGAUCAAAUCUACAUCGUCGAUGACAAAUUAA